CCUCUGUCAGGGAAAAGCCUGAGUCACACACACACACAGAGAGAGACGGACGGGAGCGCGGGGCCUGGACACGCACGUACAGCGGCACACACAGCCACCACACCCCGGGGGCUGGGCAGGGCAGGGCGGCCGGCAGGAUGAUCACCUCGGCGGCUGGGAUUAUUUCUCUUCUGGAUGAAAAAGAGCCACAGCUCAAGGAGUUUGCUCUGCACAAGCUGAACUCUGUAGUUAAUGACUUCUGGGCUGAAAUUUCAGAAUCUGUGGUUAAAAUUGAGGAGCUGUAUGAGGAUGAAACGUUCCGGAGUCGGGAGUUUGCUGCUUUAGUGGCUUCCAAAGUCUUCUACCACCUUGGUGCCUUUGAGGAAUCAUUGAACUAUGCACUGGGAGCUGGCGAUCUCUUCAAUGUGAAUGAUGAGUCUGAAUAUGUGGAGACAAUUAUAGCCAAAUGCAUCGACCAUUACACUAAACUUCGCGUUGAAAAUGGGGAGCUCCCUGACGCUGAGGAGAAGCUGAUUGACCCACGUCUGGAAGGUAUCGUCAACAAGAUGUUCCAGCGGUGCUUUGAUGAUCACAAGUACAAGCAGGCAAUCGGCAUCGCCCUGGAGACCAGGCGGCUCGAUGUCUUUGAAAAAGUGGUUCUAGAGUCGAACGAUAUUUCUGGGAUGCUUGCAUACAGCGUGAAAGUCUGCAUGUCACUAAUGCAGAAUAAACAAUUCAGAAAUGAAGUGCUACGGGUCCUAGUCAAACUCUACAUGAAUCUUGAUAAACCAGACUUCAUUAAUGUUUGUCAGUGCCUCAUUUUCCUGGAUGACCCCCAGGCAGUGAGUGAUAUCUUGGAGAAGCUGGUAAAGGACGGCAACUUGCUGAUGGCCUAUCAAAUCUGCUUUGACCUAUAUGAGAGCGCCAGCCAACAGUUCCUUUCCAGUGUCAUCCAAAACCUGAAGACUGUAGGCACUCCUAUUGCAGUGGUGCCAGGAUCCACCAACACUGGCACUGUGCCAGCAACUGAGAAAGACAGUGAAGUCAUGGAGACAGAUGAAAAGUCGGGAAGUGCCUCGCCAGCAUCUACAAAAACUACAGAAAUGAGCCCAGAGUCCAAGGCUUUGCAAGAUCAAAACACAAAGAUGAUCAAGAUUCUGAGUGGAGAGAUGUCGAUUGAGUUACAUUUACAGUUUUUAAUACGAAAUAAUAAUACCGAUCUUAUGAUACUAAAGAACACAAAGGAUGCCGUAAGAAAUUCUGUUUGUCACACAGCGACAGUGAUAGCAAACUCUUUCAUGCAUUGUGGAACCACAAGCGACCAGUUUCUCAGAGAGAAUCUGGAAUGGUUGGCAAGAGCCACGAACUGGGCUAAGUUUACAGCAACAGCCAGUUUAGGAGUUAUUCACAAGGGUCAUGAAAAGGAAGCGCUGCAGCUGAUGGCCACAUAUUUACCCAAGGACUCUUCACCCGGCUCAGCUUACCAGGAGGGAGGAGGUCUGUACGCACUGGGACUCAUCCACGCAAAUCACGGUGGGGACAUUAUAGACUAUCUACUGAACCAGCUGAAGAAUGCAAGCAAUGAUAUUGUGCGCCAUGGUGGAUGUCUCGGACUUGGUCUGGCUUCGCUGGGUACUGCGCGGCAGGAUGUCUAUGACCUGCUCAAAACAAACCUGUAUCAGGAUGAUGCAGUAACUGGUGAGGCGGCUGGCUUGGCUCUAGGACUUGUCAUGUUGGGCUCUAAGUCUGCACAAGCAAUUGAGGAUAUGGUGGGCUAUGCCCAAGAAACACAGCAUGAGAAGAUUCUUCGUGGCCUGGCUGUGGGCAUAGCUAUGGUGAUGUAUGGCAGAAUGGAGGAGGCAGAUGCAUUGAUCGAGAGCCUCUGUCGGGAUAAGGAUCCCAUUCUCAGACGUUCCGGGAUGUACACGGUUGCAAUGGCUUAUUGCGGUUCUGGGAAUAAUAAGGCGAUACGAAGACUGCUGCACGUUGCGGUGAGUGAUGUGAACGAUGAUGUCAGACGAGCUGCAGUGGAAUCCCUUGGAUUUAUUCUAUUCAGAACUCCUGAACAGUGCCCGAGUGUGGUGUCCCUGCUUUCUGAAAGCUACAAUCCUCAUGUUCGAUAUGGUGCUGCUCUGGCUCUGGGAAUAUGCUGCGCUGGAACUGGCAACAAGGAAGCCAUUAACCUUUUAGAGCCAAUGACCAAUGACCCAGUGAACUAUGUGCGUCAGGGGGCUCUGAUUGCCUCUGCCCUCCUUCUAAUCCAACAGACAGAGAUUACUUGUCCAAAGGUUACACAGUUCCGACAGUUGUAUGCAAAGGUCAUCAAUGACAAGCACGAUGACGUCAUGGCCAAGUUUGGCGCAAUCCUGGCUCAGGGCAUUCUUGAUGCAGGUGGGCGUAACAUGACUAUUUCUCUGCAGUCACGGACGGGGCAUACCCACAUGCCGUCAGUGGUCGGGGUUCUGGUGUUUACCCAGUUUUGGUUCUGGUUCCCUCAUUCACAUUUCCUGUCCUUGGCUUUUACUCCAACUGCUGUCAUUGGGCUUAACAAGGACCUGAAGAUGCCUAAAGUUCAGUACCGAUCAAACUGCAAGGCAUCAACAUUCGCCUACCCUCCUGCCCUGGAGGUGCCAAAAGAAAGAGAGAAAGAGAAGGUUUCCACAGCUGUCCUGUCGAUCACUGCCAAAGCAAAGAAGAAGGAGAAAGAAAAGGAGAAAGAGAAGGGAAAAGAUAAAGAUAAGGAGGAGGAGAAAAUGGAUGUUGAAGAGAAGGAAGAGAAGAAGGAUGACGAAAAAGAGAAGGAGAAGAAAAAAGAGCCAGAGCCAAAUUUCCAACUGUUGGAAAACCCUGCUCGAGUCAUGCCUGCACAGCUUAAAGUCCUGACCAUGCCAGAGGGGUGCAGAUACCUGCCCUUCAAACAGCUCUCAAUUGGUGGGAUUAUAAUUCUGAAGGACACCAGUGAGGACACGGAGGAGCUUGUGGAGCCUGUUGUUGCUCAUGGACCCAAGAUUGAGGAGGAAGAGGAGGAGCCUGAACCACCAGAACCAUUCGAGUACAUCGAUGAGUAAAUUGGUUGACCCUGUUCUGAGGUGCUACUUUGUUUUGGAGAUGCCAUUUAAGGCUUGUGAUGCACCAUGUGCUCCUACAGUGCCAGCAGUUGCUGCAAUCACAUUCAUUCUACUAGUAACUUAGAAUAGCUACAAGGCAUAUUGUAUACUGUUAACUUUUACAGAGAUUAAUAAACCUCUUGUGUUAAACCA